AUGGAAGAUAAUGCUCAAGACAUUCAACAUGAUAAGUGUGUCCUAGGAAAUCCGCUUUGGGUUCUUUAUCAUAUUCAUGUUUUAAAUGAUGUUGGAUGGAUUCAACAACCAAAAAACUUUCAAAUUAUAAAUAAUAAUAUUAAUUAUGACAGAAAGAUUAUUGGAUCAUUAAAAGGUUAUGAUCAAUUAUUGAAUCUUGUACUUGAUGAAACAGAAGAAUUAUUAAGAGAUCCUGAGGAUAAUAGACUUUCAAAUGAGACAAGAUCACUUGGUUUAGUAGUUUGUCGUGGACCUGCUGUAAUAUUAAUAUCACCAGUUGAUGGAAUGGAAGAAAUUCCAAAUCCAUUUCUUCAACAAGAAUAA